AUGGAGAGCGCUGAAACCGUGUCGUAUCCUAGUGAGGAGAUGAUGGUCCGAUUGAUAGAGGAACAACUUUGGUGCGGCUAUGACGGUGUUCAGUCGUCUAUUAAACUCCCCUUAGCGGACGAAAAUGCCACUUAUUUGCGUGAAACCCUCUUUCCUACCCUUAUCCCGGCCCUCUAUGACUUAGUGAGGCGUGAGCAACAGAGACUUUCCCAACCGUAUGCAUUUCCCGACCGAUUCCAAGCAACAGGAAAUACAAAUCCGGUGACGUGGCUAGCACAGUACCUUCUGCGUAACAAUACGCAUCAUAGUACGAAUCUUCGCAAUCAUCCGUAUGUAUUGGUCAACUAUGAGAUGCUGAGGAAGCAAAAGGAAGCUGGGGAAGCAGCCGAGCUGUAG